AACUUUUGUUGUUUUUUAAAUGUGCUUUAUAAAUAAAUGUGGAUUGUAUUGGAUUGGAUCAUAUGAUUUCAUUCUGCAUUUUUAGACUUCUUGUGCAAAAAGUCUUCACACUUCAUAUUUUUCCUUCCAGAGAGCUGCAGAGACCUAAAUCCUCCAGCAGAUGGCACUAACCUUUCUCUCUCUCCUCCUCGCCAUCAUCACUCUGUGGAGUUGGGUGAUAAAUCAAUAGUUAUGUCAUUAAGGUGUACUGCUGGCUGUCAUCACCAUGUUAUGUUCACUGCUGCUGCAGACCUGUCUGUCCUCUUCAUCUCCCACAUGCUGGCAGCCUGAAUUUUUGACAAAUUAUUCCACCUUCAUCUCUCAGUUUGUUCCUUUUGAAGAGUUCAUUGUCACUUAUUUUGCUCGCAGCCUCUUCUUGUCUGCGUAGGCUGAAACAACUCUUCAUACCUCCAAAGACGCACCUGGAGAAGGUGAGGAGGUUGCAUCCAGCAUCCAGCAUCCAACAUCCUCCAACACACACAACAGGGAGAAGAUCUCAGAAGAGCUCGUCUUUCUCUCUCCUGGGUGUCCACUCCUUACUGGGCAGAUCACCAUCCGAUGCAAUUGACCCAGGAAGACGACUCAGUGAAGGAGGACUCCACACCGACCGCAGCAGCUCUCCAGUCCGACGGCAGAGCCGGAUCUCCGGCCAACAUGUGCAGUGAAUGUUACGUGAACCAGACAUUUGAGCACGAUGAUGGGACCGUGAACGAGCACAAGCAAAGCUCCUCUCCAGCACCUCUCCAGACCAAAACCAUCAGCAGCAGCAGCACCAGCGGGGUUAUCUUAGACAUCUCAACUCUCCAGAUGGAGCAGCAGGAGAGCGAGGAGGUGCCUCCGCUGCCGCCCCGCUUCCGCUUCAGAGACCUGCUGCUCGGGGACCAGAGCUUCCAGAAUGAUGACAGGGUGCAGGUGGAGUUUUACGUGAAUGAAAACACCUUCAAGGAGCGUCUGAAGCUUUUCUUCAUCAAAAACCAAAGGUCAAGCCUUCGGAUUCGUGUGUUCAACUUCUCCCUGAAGCUGCUCACCUGUCUGCUGUACAUCAUCCGAGUGGUGACGGAUAACCCCGGUCAGGGCGCCAGCGGCAGUCACAGCACAGGACAGCAGAACACUGCCAGUGGCAACAACAAAUGUGUUGACUGCCCGUGGAACGGAUCAGUGCAGGUUAACUGGGAGUUGAUCUUUUGGGUGGAUAGAAAAGUUCCUGUCUGGGCCAUUCAAGUCAUUGUAGCCAUCAUUAGUUUCCUGGAGACCAUGUUACUGAUGUAUCUGAGCUACAAGGGGAACAUUUGGGAGCAGAUAUUCCAGGUGUCAUUUCUUUUGGAGAUGAUCAACACAGUUCCCUUCAUCAUUACGAUCUUCUGGCCGUCAAUAAGAAACAUCUUUAUUCCCGUAUUUCUCAACUGCUGGCUGGCCAAGUGUGCUUUGGAGAACAUGAUUAAUGAUGUCCACAGAGCGAUCCAGAGGACCAACUCAGCCAUGUUCAACCAGGUCCUCAUUCUCAUCUGCACCCUGCUCUGCCUGGUCUUCACUGGCACAUGUGGAAUCCAGCACCUGGAGCGAGCCGGCAAAAACCUCUCCCUCUUCAACUCCUUCUACUUCUGCAUCGUCACCUUCUCCACCGUCGGCUUCGGAGAUGUCACUCCACGCAUAUGGCCGUCCCAGCUGCUGGUGGUCAUCAUGAUCUGCGUGGCUCUGGUGGUGCUGCCUCUGCAGUUUGAGGAGCUGAUGUACCUGUGGAUGGAGAGACAGAAGUCUGGAGGGAAUUACAGCCGCCACAGAGCGCAGACGGAGAAACACGUCGUACUGUGUGUCAGCGCACUAAAGAUAGACCUGCUCAUGGAUUUCCUCAACGAAUUCUACGCCCAUCCCAGACUGCAGGAUUACUAUGUGGUGAUCCUGUGCCCGAGUGAGAUGGACCUCCAGGUGCGGAGAGUGCUGCAGAUCCCUCUGUGGUCUCAAAGGGUCAUCUAUCUGCAAGGAUCUGUUCUCAAAGACCAGGACCUGCUAAGAGCCAAAAUGGACGACGCAGAGGCUUGUUUCAUUCUGAGCAGUCGUAACGAGGUGGAUCGCAUGGCUGCGGACCAUCAGACCAUCCUGAGAGCCUGGGCAGUGAAGGACUUUGCUCCAAAUUGUCCCCUCUAUGUCCAGAUACUCAAACCUGAAAAUAAGUUCCAUGUGAAAUUUGCAGAUCAUGUUGUGUGUGAGGAGGAGUUCAAGUACGCCAUGUUGGCCCUCAACUGUGUGUGUCCUGCCACCUCCACCUUGGUCACGCUCCUUGUGCACACCUCCCGCGGACGAGAAGGACAACAGUCUCCGGAGCAGUGGCAGAGGAUGUACGGAUGUUGCUCCGGCAACGAGGUCUACCACAUCCGAGUCUGUGACAGCAAGUUCUUUGGAGAGUACAACGGCAAAAGCUUUACAUACGCCUCCUUUCAUGCUCACAAGAAGUACGGCGUGUGUCUGAUCGGUAUAAAGAGGGAGGACAACAAGAGCAUCCUGCUGAACCCUGGCCCGCGCCACAUCAUGGCUGCCACAGACACCUGCUACUACAUCAACAUCACCAAGGAGGAGAACUCAGCCUUCAUCUUCAACCAGGAGGAGAAGAAGGGCCGCCCUACCGGGGGACUCUUCGACGGACCCUCGCAGCUUCCCGUUCACAGCAUCAUCGCUAGCAUGGGCACCGUUGCCAUGGAUCUUCAGAAUACGGGUCCACCUGACGUCUCAGUUGCUAAACUGGUCCCACCUACGGUGAACGGAACAGGGGGCCGCCGGCCGAGCAUCGCUCCAGUUCAGGAGAUCGCCGACUCCUCCUCAAUCCUGCCAUGUGACCUUCUCAGCGACCAAUCAGAAGAUGACUCUGUCUUUACGGACGAGAAAGGCCACUCUUUAACUGAGUACGUGAAAGGUUAUCCCCCCAACUCUCCGUACAUCGGGAGCUCGCCCACCUUGUGCCAUCUGUUGGCUGAAAAAGCCCCGUUUUGCUGCCUACGACUGGACCAGGGUUGCAGGCACAACAGCUAUGAGGACGCUAAGGCGUAUGGUUUUAAAAACAAGCUCAUCAUUGUGUCUGCUGAGACCGCAGGGAACGGCCUUUAUAACUUCAUAGUGCCUCUCAGAGCUUAUUACAGACCCAGGAAAGAACUCAACCCCAUUGUCUUGCUGCUGGAUAAUCCGCCAGAUAAUCACUUUCUGGAGGCCAUCUGCUGUUUUCCUAUGGUCUACUACAUGGCUGGGACUAUCGACAAUCUGGACAGCCUGCUGCAGUGUGGCAUUAUCUACGCCGAUAACUUGGUUGUCGUGGAUAAAGAGAGUACAAUGAGUGCAGAGGAGGACUACAUGGCUGACGCCAAAACUAUUGUCAAUGUACAGACGAUGUUCAGGUUGUUUCCCAGUCUCAGCAUCAUCACAGAGCUUACUCAUCCAUCCAACAUGAGAUUCAUGCAGUUCAGAGCAAAGGAUUGCUAUUCACUGGCCCUCUCCAAGCUGGAGAAGAAAGAGCGUGAUAAAGGCUCCAACUUGGCCUUCAUGUUUCGCCUACCCUUCGCUGCAGGGAGAGUGUUCAGUAUCAGCAUGCUGGACACCCUGCUGUAUCAGUCUUUUGUGAAGGACUACAUGAUCCUUAUUGCACGACUGCUGCUGGGGCUGGACACCACUCCAGGAUCAGGAUUCCUCUGUGCUAUGAAAGUAACAGAGGAAGACCUGUGGAUUAGCACUUAUGGCAGGCUGUUUCAGAAACUCUGCUCCUCUAGUGCCGAAAUUCCUAUCGGGAUCUAUCGGACAGAAUCCCACGUUUUCCCGACUUCUGAGUCACAGGUGUCAGUCAAUGUUGAGGACGGCGAUGACACCAAGGAAAAGGGGGACGAGUCUCGCAGCAACGACCAAUCAGAUCACCCCAUGCUGAGGAAGAAGAGCAUGCAGUGGGCCCGGCGUCUGAGUAAGAAAAGCACAAGGUGGCAGGGAGUGAGCCGGGAUUCGAGCAAGGACCACGCCCAGCGCAUCGCCCAGCAGCGCCUCAACCUCUACCGGCGCUCUGAGAGGGAGGAGCUGUCUGAGCUGGUCCGCAACCGCAUGAGGCACCUGGGCCUCCCCACCUCCGGAUAUGAAGAUCUAACCAAUCUGACAGCCAGCGAUGUCAUGAACAGAGUCAAUCUGGGAUAUCUACAAGAUGAGCAGAACGAUCAGCAGAACACCCUGUCCUUCGUCCUGAUCAACCCUUCUCCUGACACCAGGCUGGAGCUCAAUGACGUUGUGUACUUGAUCCGUUCGGACCCUCUGGCUCACGUCCCAGAGGAGCCUCCUGUCCACAGAAGCAGCCUGAAAGAGAGACACGAGUCCUGCAUAGAGACCAAGGAGGACACCGAGCUCUGAUAGCGUGCUGACCUUCACCGGUACAAGCCUUCAUAAUCACCCCCUUCAGCUUUCAUGGGGGUUCUGGUCGCGUCCACGCAAGUCCAGCCUGACGGAGGACAAUUUGUGCUCCAAUGUUCCAGCACUGCAGACUACAACUGUAUUAUACGAGUGCCUACUGUUUGGCAGGUGACAUUUGACGUCAUCUGUGACAUUUUCAUCCUCCUGCCACAGACAUUGAUUGCGUAUUCUUUGCUGUGAAAGCUCCGUCAGUUGAGCAGUCAAGGACAAGCUUGUUAAGAAACAAAUUCAGCCGACUGAAGGGAUUUGAAUCGAGUCCAGCAAACCUGCAGCGUUGCCCUUGAUUAGAGUGAGUUAGAGAGUUUCACCCAACUCAAGAGUGAAUUGUAUAUUUUGUUUCUGCUCUUUUUGGGUUGUGGCCACCUCAGGAAAAGUGCAGGUUGAACAUCAAGAUUAGAGAUUUUGGGAUUUUAUCCGUCUUUUCUUGACUUUUUGAGAUUAACAGAAAUCAGAUGCACAUACUCUUAAUGUGUACUAUACACUUUACUAUUCACCCCCAGUCACAUAAAAUCAAACGCACUGUGUGACUUAAAUAAAAUAUGUGCAUUAAAGCUUUUCUUUAAAGCUUAUUUUUUUGUAGCUGAACCAUAGAAGUAGUUAUUCAGUGGUGUUAAUUAGUAAGUUAUGUACUUAAACAUUGAUGAUUACUUAUAUGUUUCUCUGCAGUACAUUUCUAGAGGUUUGCACUACAAGUGCUUAAUUCAACCCUUUUAACAGGCCUUGCCAUGUAUUCAGUAUUGUGCCAUAAAGGCUUUAUUUGAUUUGUACUAUAUUAGUAAUCAGAAAACCUCAUUUCACUUUCAGCGCUACUCAGUUAAAGAAUGUGCUUAUUCAUUUUACAUUUGUGGCUGUUUGUACAAGGUAUGCAUUUCUGGCUCUCGCCCAAAGCGUUGGCCGUGAGCAGCGAACUCCUUACAGAUUAUAAAUCGGAAGGGUGGAGUUGAUUUACCUUAACUGUGUAGUAGAAAUGAACUGGAAAUGUACUGAGAGCACAGACCUCCACCAAGGCCAUGCCCUGAUCUUGCAAUAUUAAUGAAAAUGAAAAAAUUAUUUGUGUAUCCGUAUAAGUUUCAUGAAAAUCGGGCUUGUAGUUUUUUCCGUAAUCCUGCUGACAAACAAACAAACAGAAACUCCUUGGCAAUUUUACAUUUGUGGCUGUUUGGACAAGAUAUGCAUCUCUAUAACGCUGCAUCCUGCACACAAGAACUUUUGACUUUGACUCUUUUGGCUUUAUCCAUAUCUAAAUGUUGAAAAUAUUUGUACUGUUUCAUUUCAAUUUGUACAUUAAAGUGUUAUAUUAUGAAGAAAA